UCUCUAAUAUUAUAAAAAUAAAGUCUCUCUGUGAGAUCUGUUUUUAUCAGAAGUCAGAGAAUCUUAUAUUUUUUAAAAUUAUCUUCACAUGUCUUAUCUAUAAAAUCAAUGAAGAGAAUCAUCAAUUUCAGUAUUCUAUUCUUAAUAUUAUUCAAGUGACAGCAGAGUUCAUUCUAGCCAUACUUUUUGAAUAUAAUAUUAAGAUAAUAGCUCAUCACAGUUAUGUUAUUCUCACUAUAAGAGAUACACAGUUGAUGAUAAAGACUGUAAAGACUCUGAGAA